UGUGCCAAACAUUACGAGCGAACGAAACGCGAUUGAAAGUUCCGCCGUUUUUCAUUCAUAUCUAUUCUAUUUACGAUUUUUAUGUGGUGGUAAUGCGUGUUGUGAUAAGAAAUUAACAAAUUGCAUUUAAAAGACGCGGAAAACUUUCUAGGAAACGACAAUGCCUGUUGCCGCUAAAUUCAUAGUGCCCGCUGCCCUUGGCUUGUCUCUAGUCACCGUUACAGCUUUGGUGGUGUACUAUGUCUUCAAGAAGGACGAGGAGUCCGGAGACUCCAAGCCCAUCGCCACUUCUCGGGUGAACACCAUUGAAGUCAAUGUUCCUAAAAGUCUGGUCCCUGCUUUAAUUGGUCGCAGCGGCGCCAACAUAAAGGGCAUAGAACACAAAUCCGGUGCCAAGAUAAACUUCAAGAAGUUCCCGGACAAAGACUACGACAUAUGUGUGAUACGAGGCGAGAGCCACACCUCGCAGACGGCUGAGAACCUUAUAAGGGAUUUCAUGAAACAGCAGCCCGUGAUUGUGGAAGAUACUUUGGUUGUGCCCAACUGGGCUUGUGGCAGGAUCAUAGGCUCAGGCGGUGAGACAAUCAACGACAUCAGCCACCGCAGCGGAGCUCGGGUCAAAGUAGAGGGGCCCCCAACGGCCGACAACGCCUCGCAGAGGCAUGUCACCUUCCGAGGCACCAAGGAGCAAAUCGAGGUUGCCAAGGGGCUGGUAUCCAACUGUGUGGCUCAAGAGAAAUGCCGUCGCGAGAUCGAACAGUCAAAGCGCAGUCCGCGUCACGUCCAAGUCCAACCCGCCACGAGCGCAGCGGGGGCAGCACAGGCGGCAGCGGGGACGGAAGCGAGAGCGGGCGGCGACCACGUGGAGGAAUCGCCAGGUGACCCCAAACGCGUCAAGUAUAAGCGGAAUGAAGCCGCAUCGUCCAGUAUCGAAGUAUACGUAUCAGCCGUCUCGUCCCCCGCUCGAUUCUGGGUGCAGUUCGUCGGGCCGCAAGUCUCUCAACUGGACGAACUGGUCGAACACAUGACAGAGUACUACGGCGACAAGGCGAACCGCGAGGCACAUGCGCUGACAUCAGUAUCAGUAGGGCAAGUGGUAGCGGCGGUGUUCCGGCACGACGGGCGCUGGUACAGGGCGCGCGUGCACGACAUACGACCCAACGAGUUCGACGCCACCAAACAGGUGGCGGAUGUGUUCUACUUAGAUUAUGGAGACAGCGAGUACGUGGCGACUCACGAACUGUGCGAACUGCGCGCCGACCUCCUACGGCUGCGGUUCCAGGCCAUGGAGUGUUUCCUGGCGGGCGUGAGGCCGGCGGGGCGCGAGGAGGACGUGGUGCGCGUGACGGCGGCGGGGCAGCGCUGGGAGCACUGGCCCGCACCCGCCGUCGAGCGCUUCGAGCAGCUCGCGCAGGUUGCGCGGUGGAAGCCCCUGGUGUCAAAAACUUGCACGUACAAGAAGACGGCUACGGAAGACCAGAAAGAGAAGGAGAUACCCGGCAUUAAACUGUAUGACGUCACUGAAGAGGGUGAGAUCGACAUCGGCGCCGUGCUGGUGGCGGAGGGGCUCGCCGUGCCCGCGCCCGCCGCGCCCGCCACGCCCCGCGCCUCCCCGCCGCGCCCGCCGCCCUCGCCCUUCGGCGACCUCGGUGCCUCCAGGGUGCUCGGGAUGGUAGAGAACCGCAGCUCGUCCUUACCUCGAGACCACAAGGAAGACCACGCUGCAGAUAACAACAACACACAAGCAUCUCACCUCGCCACCUCGAAAUCCCUAGGCUCCGGCAUCGAAGCCUCGCACACCCCGGUCUCCAUGACCAAUGUGGACCUCUCGAGGCCGAAACAGAACGGCUCCCACGACCUCAUCGAGGCCGAACGACGGCACGAGGCCGACGUCGAUGUAUUGGUAGACGUGCCGUGCACGACGGACAGACACACCAUGAACGAGGAUGAGAAUAACAUCUUCAGGCCGGAUCGGGUGAAGGAACGUUUGCGUAUGCCGGAAAUGCAGGCGCAGUUGUUGACGAACGCCUUGAAGCUAGUCCGAGUAGGCGGCGCAGUAGUAUAUUCCACGUGUUCGCUCAGUCCCGUCCAAAAUGAUGGCGUUGUCCACAUGGCGCUCAAGCAUGCAUUUGAAACGCAUGGAGUCAUCGCCACUGUCAAAGACCUAUCCGCUCCGUUCGCAAACCUGGCAGGCACGCUAUCCCUGGCCGCUGGAUCCAUUGCGCCGCGCUACGGUCAGCUGGUCACACCCACGAACGAUGCCAACUUCGGGCCCUCCUACAUCGCCAGGCUAGUCCGUGUUAAGUAA